GCUCCCCCUCCUCCUUCAAAAUUUAUUCUAAGCUUUCCCCCAGACCUUCAUACCCCUCUGUCAAGCAAAAAAGAUUGCAAAACAAAAAAAUGUACAGAACGGGUGCUCGCCAAGCGCGUUCAGGACCCAAGGCAUCCCCAUCAACGCGUUGCCAACGCUGUCUGGAAUUCGGUCAUUGGACCUAUGAAUGUAAAAAUAACAGACCGUAUAAAGCAAGACCCACACGUACGCAACAACUCGAUAAACAGUUGGAGCUUCGUGAGCCAGAUCUUCCUGAAGAACUGCAAGAUCGACGUGGUUUAGCCGAUAAGAUCCUGAAAAAGAAGAAAAAACAAAAAAAGAAUACAAGAAGCGUAAGCAGCAGCAGCAGCAGUGAAAGCGAUAGUGAGGGAUCCUCAGAUUCGUCCUCAUCGUCUGGCUCAGAAUCAGAUUCAGACUCUGUAUCAUCGUCCUCGUCGUCAUCAUCGUCCAUGAGCUCUUCAGUUUCUGAGUCCUCGUAUGCUUCUGCUCGCAGCCGAACGAGUCGUAGUCCACAAAGACGUCGCCGUGCACGUUAUAGCAGCAGCAGCAGCAGCAGCAGCCAUAGCAGUAGUAGCGCCAGUCGAUCUCGAUCACCAUCACCUCGUCGGAGCCGCCCACAGCAACAACGCCGUCGUGGUCGUUCACCUACUCCUUCACGUUCGCGCUCACGUUCGAUGUCGAGAAGUGGAAGCAGAAGUCCUAGUGUCAAAAGAAGAAGACGAUCGCCAUCCCCAUCGUAUUCACGACGUCGCUAAGUAACACGAUCGUUACCGUUAAGCAACAACAACAAAGAAAAGAACAAAAGGACAAUCGAUAACACCGAAACAUCAUCAACAGUGGUCAGACUACUGAUCCUCAUCGUCGUCACCAUCAUCAUCAUCAUCAUCGUAACUAUUCAUUUCCAACCCCCUUUUCCGUUUCUAUUUUACAACACAUACGCACCGCAACUCUGCCUUUUUCUCCUCUGUUUUCUUUUUGCUUGAAAUAUGCCUUUCUUUUAAAGAAAAACUCGCGAUGAAAGAACAACAAACACGAUAAAGUACGAUAAGAGAGAAUAUAAGGAGAGUAUAUUUUCUGUACAUUGACUCAAU